CACCUGUAUUUAACGUUUUACUCCCAAAGUAGGCUCCACUAAAUAUGACGUAUUGACAGAUAUUUUGUAUUUAUAAUUUAUUUUUAUUUAAUGUAGAAUUUACAACCAAAAAAAGUCCAAAAUAUGUUAUUUUCCCAGUUUGUUCCUAACUUUAUGUUGUGGGACAGAUGUUCAGGGAGGGCUUUAUUAUUGUUCACUUCUCUGCCGCCAAGGGAAGCAAAGACAGAGAAGAAGGAGAAGAAGAAGAAGAAGAAGAAGAAGAGUCGUAGCAGCUCCUCUGGCUCCUCUGGCUGCUGUUCUGCAGGAAUCCGGAUAUGAUGAAAAUGUUUGAGGACGCAGCUGAACUCUCCUCAGAAAAAAACUGCCGCCACUGACCGUCGAAAGCGUCGCGAGGACUAUUAUUGAUAUACUUUUGAAUGCGUCAACAACUGUCUGGAGGACAAAGUGGGACAGUCUGGGACACACCGGCUAAUAAAAAGUUACAGGAAAAGUUUUGGACGCGAAGUUUCACCAAGUUUUCUUUCCGGGGAAAAGAGUGAGAGGAAGGAAGGAAGGAAGGAAGGAAGGAUGGGAAGAAGUCGAGUUUGAAGCGAAGGAGUUGACAUGUUUGAAAGCCUGAGCGGAUGAUGAGACAUUGGUUUUCGCAGCGCUGAGGUGCUGAAGGGAAGGGAGGAACUUCUUUCUGUGUGUCCCCAAAAAGACGACUGUCUCAUGUCCAAGGAGACCGUCCUUCCAGGGCCAGGGAAGGGCCCUCAGCAAGACACAAGUCCCCUGCUGCUGCCAGCGUCACAAGAUGAAUCGUCAGGAAGAGAACCGUCUCCCAGGAAACCAGCCGCCGAAGGACACGUGACCGAGGAGAAGCCUAAUUACCGCGAGCCCGUAAGAACUCAACCCCAGUCUCAGCCAGUGGCCUCGGAGCCUGCCGAGGGAGACUCUGGCAGGGACCAAAAUGGCUUUCGCCACAACAGCACUGGCACGCCUGCGCUGAGCAACGGCAACGGCAUCCACACGCGUACAUGCUCCUGCGGUGCCAGCAUCAGAACGGACGCCGCCACAGGCGGGUCAGGCCCUGGCACAAGAGCGGCGGCGACCGCGGCGACAACGGAGCAGCCGUCCACGCCUGUGUCGCAGAGGGUGCAGAGGAAAUUGAGGUCCAGCUUGUCAGUCAACAGUGACAGCAGCCGGCGCAGUAAAGGCAGCUCCACGGGAUCACAGAAACCUCCUUUACCAGAGGACUGCUGCGUCCACUGCAUCUUGGCCUGCCUCUUCUGCGAGUUCCUCACACUUUGCAACAUGGUGGCGACGCAGGCCUCGUGCGGCGCGUGCACGCCAGAGGCCUGCUGCUGCUGCUGCUGCGGCGACGACCUGGGCGACGACUGCAACUCCCCCUGUGACAUGGACUGCGGCAUCAUGGAUGCCUGCUGCGAGUCUUCAGAUUGCCUGGAAAUCUGUAUGGAGUGCUGCGGCAUCUGCUUCCCCACAUAGGGAGGCCUGCGCUGGCAUAGACCAGCAGCGUGUCUCUGUGGGGGAUAACUGGACUCUGGAUGGAAGAAUGGAAGGAAACUGCUGCUGCUGUCACUUUGAAUUCAGCAACAGACAGAGGGAACGUGUGUGUGUGUGUGUGAUGGUGAACAUAUGUGUUUGUGAAUGUCCUUUUUUUAUGUGUGAUGAAGUGUGUGUGCAGUAGUAGGUAUGGCUGAGUAAAGCAUGCUUUGAAAGAUAUAUUUUGACACUGGGCUUCUCCAUCAAACCAGCUCAGCAGGAGCUAGAAGAAACUCCAGAUAUAUGAGCAUGUCUCUUCAGUGUGUAGUAAGUUGUUUCUGUUAAAGGCACAAUGAGUAGGAUUUGUUGCUUGUGGUUUGUAAACAACAACAUUCAAAGUCGCCCCGGCUCAACGAGGGCUGCGGUGCUCACCAGCGGGUGAAAGCCAAACCCAGAUUCACUCUAGUUUUUGAACGAGCUUUGUCCGCUUGGCGUUUCGCCUUGCUAUAUUUGCAUUUUCGGCGCUGUUCCCGCCAUUUUCGUAGCUUCCUCUUGGAUGGAUGCUUACAAUCUAGCACCUAGUCGCUACAUUUUUAUAGAGUUUGAUGUCCAGAAACGUCCCAAAUAGGGAUGUGACGGUGAGGAAAUUUUCCCACCGUUCAUAAACUUGUGACAACACCGUUGUUCCCAAUUACACCAGCGCUUACUUUUAUCUUUACCGUCGGGUGGCUGUGUGUCUGGCCUCUCGGGUCAAGUCUUCGCUGCACAGCCGCAAGUUUCCGUCUGGCUGCGCUGCGCGGUACACACCGUCUGUGACCGCUCCGUCCUCCACACGGCGAUUGCCUCAUUAAUGUUAUGAUUACCUUAUAGCAUUGGGUUUAACUCCGAAAUAUUGCCAAAUAGGCACUUUUGCUUUUCACUUUUCACUUUUACACCAAAUCUUCCGCCAUCAUCUUGUCUGUAAAGUCUCUCUUGUCCCGUGUGUGUGAAAUCCGACUCCUGCUACUCUGUGUUGAGACUCCGUACGGAGCAGGCACUUUCGCUUUCAGUUUGUAGCGUCCGUCGUCCGACUAUCUAACACGGCACUGAUACGCGGAAAUUAACUUAAUCGGUUUUAUUUCUUUAAAAACAUCAAAAUGACGGUGGGGGGCAGUGGACAAGUAAUGUAAUCGGUGUAUGCCCGAACGCCCUGUAACACCGGUAACAUGGACUACCGCGGCAUGCCUAGUUCCAAACAGCAAAAUUAAAAGAAAAGGGAAAAUCCGGGCAGAGGGCCGGGUCUCUGGAGGUACAGACACAGCCACACACUUCUAGUGGGUCGUCAGUGAUGAUUUUGAGGGAUUAUUUUUGUAUGAGUUUCUACAUUGUUUUUUUUUAAACUCCUACUCAUUGUGCCUUUAAAGUAUUCUAUCCUUUCCGUAUUAUCACAGACUGCCUUAAAGAUUUUAUUGUUACAUCAGGAAUGCUGUCUAAUUGUAUCUUAUCCUUUUAGUCAUUUUGACGACCAACGUGUUGCGUACACUAAACAAAAUGAUUUAUUUACUCUGAUUUCAUUUUCUAUACUUAUGUUUGUUUUUUUUUGAUGCUCAAAAAACUGAGGUUGCGGUCUUAGUACUGUACAACACUGUAAAAGGUUUAUGUGACAGUUCAUACAUUCUUAGUUGCAUCGCUGUUGUUUUGCAACACACAGACUUUCAUUUACAGUUAUCUACUGUAGCACUGUAGAGCAGUUGAAACUGGUGAAAUAUCAAAGGUGAAUCAGGACAUCACAAAUGCUACAUUCUAUAACCAAAAGUAAAUAAUGUGCCUGUUUUAGGAUGCUUUUACUUUUAUAUUUCAAGCAUUUCUUUUAAUUGAAGUGGCCUGUUGUUACAGAAAAAAAACUGCACAAAAUUGCUGAUAAGCACAUUUACACGAUUUACAUUUUACAUGUUUGCUAAAUCAUGCUGGAAGGUCUGUGACAACAUGUUUUUACCAAAGAAUCUCAUCUCUCUCCUGAUUUGGCAGUAUUUGAAGCCUUGGGUUUACUGGAAAUACAGCACAGAUACUCACAUUUUUUAAUGAAAAAAAAGAGCUCACGGCAACGUAAAGAAACAAUGUGUACAGCUUUAUUUCUACGAGAGUCCUCCUCUAACGUCGGCCAUCAACGAUUAGGCUUUGUCAGCUGGUCCGAGUCUUUUCUGUGAUGCUGUUUUACAUACAUUCUGUGUAAAGUAUGACUUGUUGAACUGCACUCCGUUCAUGUGGGGUGUGAUACGGAAUUAAAAAAUGGUGACCCUGGUUGCCAUAUAAGCGGCUUUCGGGUAUCAAGCCCAGUGACUCACAAUACAAAAAAGGAAUCACGAACUGUCAUGUUGAAAUGGUAAACUAAUGCAGGGUAAAGGCAGUUUCCUUCCCCUUUUUUUUCCUCCCCCUGUUCCUUAAUUCUGUGUAUCUCGAGAUGAGUUAGCGGUGAAUCACCAGCGGAGUCAUUUUCUUGUCUUGGAGAUCCGCUUUGAUGUUGUUUAAGUGAUGAUACUUAGUGCUGGCCUUCAUUAGCACUGCUGGCUAACUGGUUACAAAAAGAUGUCCCUUCCUAACGCCAACAACGAUAAUGUGCUGUCACGUACAGCUCGACUUAAUGGUGCACUGUUAUUGUGUGUGAGGAGGUCGGAUAGGCACCUCUGCAGCAGAUAAUGGGCAGAAAGUAAACCUCAUUUUCAUGUUUCUGAUUAACUCAUACCAAGAGUGUCAAGAAAACACCAUAGAUAAUGUGAAGAAUUCAUCUAAAAAGAGACAAACAUAUACAUGUAGCUACAGUAGUUGUCCUCUUAUACUAUACUGUUGUAUGUUUUUUCUCCUUCUGUUGCCUUAACACUUGAUCCUUCUCGUUUUCAUCUCGAUGCAUCAUUCCUCAUCUUGGAGUUCAAAGCUCAUUUUUCUUAGUUUUGUACAUUAUCUUCAAUCUCAAAGAGAACAAUUUUUAAGAAAUAAAACAUUUCCAAAAAAUG